UUCCACCUCCUUCCAGGGCAGCGCGUCUCCUUUAACCGCAGUCUGAAUAAUUGAACUCUGACUUGGCGGAUUGACACACGAGCCGCAGCACCGCGCGGCUCCCGCGGAGCCAGGACUACCUGCCAGAGGACGGCGGCGGGCGGGCCCGUGCUGCGGAGAACCGGCGCGCGCCUCGGCUGACAACAUGGAUUUCAACGUGAAGAAACUGGCGUCGGGCGCGGGGGUGUUCUUCACGCGCGCUGUGCAGUUCACGGAGGAGAAGCUGGGCCAGGCUGAAAAGACUGAACUGGACUCCCAGUUGGAGAGCCUGCUCGCUCGCGGCGACACCACCAAGAACUGGACGGAGAGAAUUUUUCGGCAAACCGAGAUCCUUCUGCAGCCCAACCCCAGUGCCCGGAUUGAGGAGUUCCUCUAUGAGAAGCUCGACAAGAAGGUCCCAUCCCGGAUCACAAAUGGGGAGAUAUUGGGGCAUUAUAUGCAUGAGGCAGCCAGAGACUUUGGGGCUGGAGGCCCGUAUGGAAGCACCCUGAUAAAGGUGGGAGAGUGCCAGAAGCGGCUUGGGGGGGCUGAGAGGGAGUUCCUCCAGACCGCCACCCUCACCUUCCUCACACCACUGCGCAACUUCUUGGAGGGCGAUUGGAGGACCAUCUCUAGAGAGCGCCGCCUGCUGGAGAAUCGGCGCCUGGACCUCGAUGCCUGUAAAGCUCGCUUAAAGAAGGCCAAGGCAGCAGAGGCAAAGGCCGCGGUGAGCUAUUCCUCUCUCUCACUGUCACUAACCCCCCUCUCCUCCUCCAAAUUCCUCCUGGCCACGCCUGAUUUUCAGGAGACUAGACCACGUAAUUACGUUCUGUCUGCCAGUGCCGCUGCGCUCUGGAGUGAAGAGGUAGACAAAGCAGAACAUGAACUGCGUGUAGCACAAGUGGAGUUCGACAGACAGAAGGAGGUUACACGCUUACUCCUGGAAGGCAUCAGCAGUACACAUGUGAACCAUCUGCGCUGCCUGCAUGAGUUUGUGGAGGCCCAGACCAUCUACUAUGCACAGUGCCACCGUUACAUGCAGGACCUGCAGAAGGAACUGGGCAGUUCCGAUGGAGACGUAUUCCCCAACAUGUUUGCUGGGAACCCUUCUGUGUCCUUGGGCGCCUCUGUCACCCCCCCAUCUGUGGAGGACUCCCCGGGGGCUACAGUGGACAUGUUGAAGCUGGAGGAUGUGCGAGCGCCCGCCGCGGGGACGCGUAAAGCCAAGGUGCUGUACGACUAUGAUGCGGCGGACACCAGCGAGCUGUCUCUUCUGGCAGACGAGCUGAUCACCGUCUACACCGUCCCCGGCAUGGACCCCGACUGGCUCAUGGGUGAGAAGGGUAACCAGAAGGGCAAGGUGCCCGUCACGUACCUGGAGCUGCUCAGCUAAUGAGGACCGACGGACACAUGGUUGACAACAUGGACACCGACGGACUGAUGCAGGCUAGCUGGGCGUAUAAGUACACACACACACACACACACACACACACACUUGCACAUGCACGCACACAUAUAUACCUGCACACCUACUGGCAACAAACUGAUAAAGAUUAAAGGAAAUGACCUAUGGAAAUUAAGUGUUUUCAGAAAAAAAAUUUAAAUCUGGACAUAUGUGAAGCGUUUAAAUGUUGAAAUGCUCCAGGGCUUUUAUUUUACUUUUUAUUUUGGAUUUUAUUCUGCAGUCAGUGUAAGAAUAACCGGGGGCGACCACAUAUGACAGAUAAAGUGAGUAAAUGUAAAUAAUACCUGUGCAGUGCUGGCGGCGUCUGCCCCAGUCUCCCGUGACGUCGGCUUGGUUAACAGCUCCGUCUGGUCCUGCUGGUUGAUGUGUUGCUGUUUUUGUGAAAUCGCCCUCUUCUCGGUCCACCUGCCCUCGCAUGAUCCGCGCAGCUGCUUCACCUCAAAAGCAUGCCUGGAAAUCUGCAGCUCACCGCUCGGUCAGUUCGGCCUGUUGGCCACAUCCCUACCUCCUGCAUGGCACGCGUGUGGUGUUUUCAUUUACUGCCUUCGACAGGAGAGCGGUGUGGGUUUCCCAGCAGCCGGCAGCACACAUGGCCUUAAGGCAGGGAUGUGAGGGCCCUGCACUGAGCUCCAGCCCUGUGCGGAGCUCACAUCCAGCAGUGCGCUUAACAAACCUCAAGCCAGGCUUUGGAGAAAUGUGGCUGGUUUGAGCUCAGGUUACCCUGCUCAGUUUGUGUGAUGUGUGCACAACACUGUGUAACAUACCUGAUGAUGUGCUGGAAAUGUACUGGAAACUUGAGGUGCAAAUGAUACAGUGGAUUGUUAGUCAAUGUAACAAUCCUAGAAAUAGCUUAAGGCUUUAAAGGGCUCUGUAAGGAAAUACUUUGUUAUACCCAAACCUUUAUAAAGGAGAGUGUUUGUCCAAAAUGGGUCUGAGGCCUGAGAUCAUGUUUAAAACUCCAGUUUAAGCUUUAAGUUUUUUUUGCACAUACGGAUCACUGAAGCAUAUGAUGUCUGUUUGAGUAUGUUUGUUGUCUAGCUUGACGUAACUUGAUGUAACGAAUCACACAUUUCCUCAUGUCAUGCAUGAUUGUUCCUGUUUGUUCAGUCUUCGUCUAAUAAAUAACAGCAGUACACGA